CUGAUACUUUACCACUUUACCAAUUAAGGCUCUCACUGUAGAGGACCGUGAGAGAGAAAGAGAGGGAGAGAGAGAGAGGAGAGAAGCAGAGGUAGAAAAGAGCAAAAGAGCGGAGGGACUAUCUCUUUCUUCCUUCUCACCACCAGUAACAACCAUUACACCCAUUUCCCCUCACCGGGACCGCGCAUGGGGAGGGAGGUCCGGGAUCACGGCGCACACACACACACAUACACUCUGUGAUCAAGCUGACGCACUGAUUGAGCGGAGCGGAGAGACGCGGGACACUCACCGACCACACACACACCAGUUGAACAUACAACGGGGAAAACUUCACAGAGAGAGAAAGAGAGAGAGGGAGCAGCCCCGCAAAGUUGAGCAGACUCCACCCUAAAAAAAAAAAAAAAAAAAAAAAAAAAAAAAUCCAGCCAGCGAACGGAGACGCAGCCGAGACCAUAAAAAUGAGUGGUUCCCACCCCCGGCUCCACCAGAGCGCCGCGCCUGCUCCCAACGCUUUCUCCCCGGACAAGGACGCAGAAAUGCCCGCCACGGAGAAGGACCUGGCCGAGGACGCGCCGUGGAAGAAGAUCCAACAGAACACCUUCACCCGCUGGUGCAACGAGCAUCUGAAAUGCGUCAACAAGCGGAUCGCCAACCUGCAGACGGACCUCAGCGACGGGCUGCGGCUCAUCGGGCUCCUGGAGGUCCUGUCCCAGAAGAAGAUGUUCAGAAAGUACAACCAGAGGCCCACCUUCCGCCAGAUGCAGCUGGAGAACGUGUCGGUCGCCCUGGAGUUCCUGGACAAGGAGAACAUCAAGCUGGUGUCCAUAGACUCUAAAGCCAUCGUCGAUGGGAACCUGAAGCUGAUCCUGGGUCUGAUCUGGACGCUGAUUCUGCACUACUCCAUCUCCAUGCCCAUGUGGGACGAGGAGGAGGAGGCGGACGAUGGCAAGCAGAAGACACCCAAGCAGAGGCUGCUGGGAUGGAUCCAGAACAAACUGCCCGAGCUUCCCAUCACCAACUUCAGCAAGGACUGGCAGAGUGGCCGUGCCCUGGGGGCGCUGGUCGACAGCUGCGCUCCAGGUCUGUGUCCUGACUGGGACCAGUGGGAUCAGAGCAAACCAGUCGACAACGCCCGUGAGGCCAUGCAGCAAGCCGACGACUGGCUGGGAAUCCCACAGGUGAUAACCCCAGAAGAGAUUGUGGACCCCAAUGUGGACGAGCACUCAGUCAUGACCUACCUGUCCCAGUUCCCCAAGGCCAAACUGAAGCCUGGCGCACCACUGCGACCCAAACUCAACCCUAAGAAGGCCCGCGCCUAUGGGCCAGGUAUCGAGCCUGUUGGUAACGUUGUGAUGAAGAAGGCCGUGUUCACCGUUGAAACCAUCAGCGCCGGAAUGGGUGAGGUGCUGGUCUAUGUGGAGGACCCCGCAGGGCACAGAGAGGAGGCUAAAGUGACAGCUAACAACGAUAAGAACCGCACCUACUCAGUCUUCUACAUCCCCAAAGUCACAGGCAUGCACAAGGUGACAGUGUUGUUUGCGGGACAGCACAUCUCCAAGAGUCCCUUCGAGGUGGACAUUGGCAUGGCCCAGGGAGACUCCAGCAAGGCCACAGCCCAGGGGCCGGGACUCGAGGCCUCAGGAAACAUCGCCAACAAAUCCACCUACUUUGAUGUCUACACGGCAGGUGCCGGUGUCGGGGAGGUCGAGGUCGUGAUCAUGGACCCGGCUGGUAAGAAGAACACGGUGGAGUGCACCAUCGAGGACAAGGGCAACAGUAGCUACCGCUGCACCUACAAACCCACCCAGGAGGGCCAGCACACCAUCUACGUCACCUUCGCCGGGGGUCAGAUCAGCAAGAGCCCCUUCACUGUCAACGUGGGCGAGGCAUGUAACCCCAGCCUCUGCAGGGCCAAGGGUCGCGGGCUGCAGCCAAAGGGCCUGAGGGUGAAGGAGACCGCAGACUUUAAGGUCUACACUAAAGGAGCCGGCACUGGAGAGCUCAAAGUCUCCAUCAAAGGCCCCAAGGGGCUUGAGGAGCCAUGCAAGAGGAAGGAUCUAGGAGACGGAGUGUACGGUUUUGAGUAUUACCCCACCACUCCUGGAACCUACAGCAUCACCAUCACCUGGGGAGGACAGCACAUCCCACGCAGUCCCAUCGAGGUGAAGAUCGGCGCCGAGGCCGGCCAGCAGAAGGUGAGAGCUUGGGGUCCCGGACUGGACGGAGGCGUGGUUGGCAAAUCUGCUGACUUCGUGGUGGAGGCAGUCGGAGACAACGUAGGCACACUGGGUUUCUCUGUGGAGGGUCCGUCUCAGGCCAAGAUCGAGUGCGACGACAAGGGCGACGGCUCCUGUGACGUGCGCUACUGGCCGACAGAGCCUGGCGAGUACGCUGUGCACGUGCUCUGCAACAACGAAGACAUCCAGCACUCCCCCUUCAUGGCCGAGAUCGUCAACCCACCAGGGAAAGACUUCCACCCCGACAAGGUGAAGGCCUACGGUCCAGGCCUGCAGAGCAGUGGUCUGGCUGUUGGAAAGCCAACCGAGUUCACAGUUGAUGCCAAGCAAGGAGGCAAAGCCCCUCUGAAGAUUGUUGCUCAGGAUGGCGACGGCACUCCUUUGGACGUUCAGGUGAAAGACAACGGCAACGGGACGUACACCUGCACUUACACCCCGCGUAAACCUGUCAAACACACUGUCAUGGUCUCCUGGGGAGGAGUCAACAUCCCUGACAGCCCCUUCAGGAUGAACAUCGGAGCUGGCUGCCAUCCUAACAAGGUGAAGGUUUCAGGACCCGGCGUGGCCAAGACCGGCCUGAAGGCCUUCGAGCCAACUUACUUCACCGUCGACUGCGCAGAGGCUGGUCAAGGUGACAUCAGCAUAGGAAUCAAGUGCGCCCCCGGUGUGGUGGGACCCGCCGAGGCCGACAUCGACUUCGACAUCAUCAGGAAUGACAACGACACCUUCACCGUCAAAUACACCCCUCCUGGUGCAGGCAGCUACACCAUCAUGGUGCUGUUCGCUGACCAGGCCAUUCCCAUGACUCCCAUCAGGAUCAAGGUGGACCCGUCGCAUGAUGCCAGCAAAGUGAAGGCAGAGGGACCAGGACUUAACCGCAGUGGUGUUGAGCUGAACAAGCCCACUCACUUCACUGUGACCACCAAGGGAGCAGGCAAAGCGAAGCUGGACUGCAACUUCAGCGGCCCGGCCAAAGGAGAGGCAGUCAAGGACUUUGAAAUCAUCAACAACCACGACAACACGCAGACUGUCAAAUACACACCUGUGCAGCAGGGUCCUUUGGGAAUUGCUGUGACCUAUGGAGGAGAUCACAUUCCCAAGAGCCCCUUCAACGUUGCCGUGGCGCCCACGCUGGACCUCAGCAAGAUCAACGUCGCAGGCCUGGGUGACAAGAUGACUGUAGGCAAGGACCAGGAAGUGACUGUGAAGACAAAGGGUGCUGGUGGUCAGGGCAAGGUCGGCGCCAAGGUGACUGGCCCGUCAGGGAAGCCAGUGGCCAGCAAGGUGGAGCCAGGCCUGAGCCCAGAGACCAGCCAGGUGAAGUUUAUCCCCCGGGAAGCUGGGCCAUACCAGGUUGAGCUGACGUAUGAUGGAGUUCCCAUCCCUGGGUCUCCCUACACACCCACAGCCUACCCUGCCACAGACCCCUCCAAGGUGCGUUGCUCUGGCCCAGGCCUGGAGCGCGCCAAGGUGGGCGAGACGGGAGAGUUCGUCGUGGACUGCACCAACGCCGGUCCGGCCGAGCUGACCAUCGAGAUCAUCUCCGACAGCGGGACCGAGGCAGAGGUCCACAUCCAAGACAACGGAGACGGCACCUACACCAUCACCUACAUCCCCCUCUACCCUGGCUCCUACACCCUCACCAUCCGCUACGGUGGCCAGGAUGUGCCAAACUUCCCCGCUCGGCUCAACGUGGAGCCUGCAGUCGACGCCAGCGGAGUCCGUGUGUUCGGACCCGGAGUGGAGGGCAAAGGUGUUUUCCGUGAGGCGACCACCGACUUCACUGUGGAUGCUCGCGCUCUCACACAGACCGGAGGCGACCACAUCAAAACCGUCAUCAGCAACCCCUCCGGCAGCCGCACGGAUUCCCUGAUCACCGACCUGGGAGAUGGAACCUACAACGUGGAGUACACUCCCUACGAGGAGGGCCCCCACAGUGUGGAGGUUUCCUACGAUGGCUCUCCUGUGCCCAAAAGCCCGUUCCGUGUUGGUGUGACCGAGGGCUGCGAUCCGGCACGUGUGCGUGUGCACGGUCCCGGCCUGAAGGGUGGCAUCACCAACAAACCCAACAAGUUCACAGUGGAGACCCGCGGAGCAGGCACUGGUGGUCUUGGUCUGGCAGUGGAGGGUCCAUCAGAGGCCAAAAUGUCCUGCACUGAUAAUAAGGAUGGCAGCUGCAGCGUGGAGUACAUCCCCUAUGAGCCUGGCACGUACAACCUCAACAUCACCUACGGCGGCCAGCCCAUCACAGGCAGCCCGUUCUCAGUGCCAGUCAGUGACACAGUGGACAGCACCAAGGUGAAGUGCCAGGGUCCAGGCCUGGGCAACAACGUCAGAGCCAACAUCCCUCAGGCGUUCACAGUGGACGCCUCCAAAGCUGGAGUGGCCCCGCUGCAGGUCCGCGUACAGGGACCCAAAGGAGUGGUGGAGCCUGUGGAGGUGGUGGAUAACGGAGACCAGACCCACACAGUCAACUACGUUCCCACCAGGGAGGGCCCCUAUUCUAUCAACGUACUCUACGCUGAUGAGGAGAUCCCACGCAGUCCCUACAAGGUGAAGGUGCUGCCCACCCACGAUGCCAGUAAGGUGCGUGCCAGUGGACCAGGCCUCAACACCACCGGGGUGCCCGCCUCUCUGCCCGUCGAGUUCACCAUCGAUGCUAAAGACGCUGGGGAGGGACUGCUGGCUGUGCAGAUUACCGACCCAGAAGGGAAGCCCAAGAAGGCCAACAUCCGAGACAACCACGACGGCACCUACCUGGUGUCCUACGUGCCUGACAUGACCGGCCGCUACACCAUCCUCAUCAAGUAUGGCGGCGACGAGAUCCCGUAUUCUCCUUACAGGAUCAGGGCCCUGCCUACCGGAGACGCCAGCAAGUGCACUGUCACAGUCUCAAUCGGCGGUCACGGUUUAGGAGCCGGCGUCGGCCCCACGAUUCAGAUCGGCGAGCAGACGGUGAUCACCGUGGACGCCAAGGCCGCCGGGAAAGGCAAGGUGACGUGCAGCGUGUGCACGCCCGAGGGGGCGGAGCUCGACGUGGACGUGGUGGAGAACGAAGACGGCACGUUUGACAUCUUCUACACGGCGCCGCAGCCCGGCGAGUAUGUCAUCUGUGUCCGCUUCGGAGGGGAGCACAUUCCCAACAGCCCCUUCCAGGUCACGGCGACAGACAGACCAAUGGGAAUGAAUGGUCUGGAUGUGGCAGGGCUGAGACCGUUUGACCUGGUCAUCCCCUUCACCAUCCAGAAAGGAGAGAUCACAGGUGACGUCCGUAUGCCAUCAGGCAAAGUGGCCAAGCCUGAUAUCACAGACAACAAGGAUGGCACUGUUACCGUCAAGUACGCCCCCACCGAGGCUGGUCUGCACGAGAUGGACAUCAAAUAUGACGGCAUCCACAUCCCUGGCAGUCCACUGCAGUUCUACGUGGACUAUAUGAACAGUGGUAAUGUCAGUGCCUAUGGCCCUGGCCUCAUCCACGGGACUGUCAACAAGCCUGCUGUCUUCACUGUUAACACUAAAGAUGCUGGAGAGGGCGGUCUGUCCCUGGCCAUUGAGGGCCCGUCCAAGGCGGACAUCAGCUGUGUGGACAACCAGGACGGGACCUGCACCGUGUCCUACCUGCCUGUCCUGCCCGGAGACUACAGCAUCCUGGUCAAAUACAACGACAAGCACAUCCCCGGCAGCCCCUUCUCUGCAAGGAUUACUGGUGAUGACUCCAUGAGGAUGUCCCAUCUGAAGGUGGGAUCAGCCGCUGAUAUCCCGCUGGACAUCGGAGAGCUGGACCUCAGCCAGCUGACCGCCUCCCUGACCACGCCGUCGGGCCGCGAGGAGCCCUGCCUGCUGAAGAUGCUGCGUAACGGACACGUCGGUAUCUCCUUCGUUCCCAAGGAGAUCGGAGAGCACCUGGUGAACAUCAAGAAGAACGGCCGGCACAUUCCCAGCAGCCCUAUCACCGUGAUGAUCAACCAAUCAGAGAUAGGCGAUGCCAGCCGCGUGCGUGUGAGCGGCCAGGGCCUGAGCGAGGCCAGGACCUUCGAGCCCGCUGAGUUCAUCAUCGACACUCGGGAUGCAGGCUACGGCGGCCUGAGUCUGUCCAUCGAGGGCCCCAGUAAAGUGGACAUCAACACUGAGGACCAGGAGGACGGUACCUGCAAGGUCACAUACUGCCCCACUGAACCCGGAAACUACAUCAUCAACAUCAAGUUCGCUGACCAACACGUGCCAGGGAGUGCGUUCACAGUGAAGGUAACAGGCGAGGGCAGGAUGAAGGAGAGCAUAACCAGGAAGAGGAGGGCAGCGUCGGUCGCCAAUGUCGGCAGCCAGUGUGACCUCAGCCUCAAAAUCCCAGAGAUCAGCAUAGCAGACAUGACAGCCCAGGUGACCAGCCCGUCUGGCCAGAUCCACAAAGCUGACAUUAUGGAGGGAGAGAACAACACCUACUGCAUCCGUUUCGUCCCCACUGAGACGGGUGUACACACAGUGUGUGUGAAGUACAACGGCAUGCAUGUGCCUGGCAGCCCCUUCCAGUUUACUGUGGGCCCCCUGGGAGAGGGAGGGGCACACAAGGUCCGUGCCGGAGGGCCCGGCCUGGAGAGAGCUGAGGCUGGAGUGCCAGCUGAAUUCAGCAUCUGGACAAGGGAGGCUGGAGCUGGAGGCCUCAGUAUUGCUGUGGAGGGGCCGAGCAAGGCUGAAAUUGCCUUCGAGGACCGCAAGGACGGCUCCAGUGGAGUGUCCUACAUCGUACAGGAGCCUGGAGACUACGAGGUGUCAAUUCGUUUCAACGACGAGCACAUCCCUGACAGCCCCUUCGUCGUCCCUGUUGCGUCGCCAUCAGACGACGCUCGACGCCUCACUGUUGCCAGUCUUCAGGAGUCGGGCUUGAAGGUGAACCAGCCGGCGUCGUUUGCCGUCAGCUUGAACGGUGCAAAGGGUGUUAUCGACGCCAAGGUCCACAGCCCCUCUGGAGCCUUGGAGGAAUGCUGCGUCACUGAGAUCGACCAAGAUAAGUACGCAGUACGGUUUAUUCCCAGAGAAAAUGGUCUCUAUCUGAUUGAUGUGAAGUUCAAUGGCAGCCACAUCCCUGGCAGUCCGUUUAAGAUUCGCGUUGGAGAGACGGGCCAGGCUGGGGAUCCUGGGAUGGUGUCGGCCUAUGGACCAGGCCUGGAGGGAGGCACCACAGGAACUGCCUGUGAAUUUGUGGUGAACACCAGCAAUGCAGGAGCCGGGGCCUUGGCUGUGACCAUUGACGGGCCCUCUAAGGUGAAGAUGGACUGUGUGGAGUGCACUGAGGGCUACAGGGUCACAUACACCCCAAUGGCCCCUGGAAACUAUCUCAUCUCCAUCAAAUAUGGUGGACCUUACCACAUUGUUGGAAGCCCCUUCAAGGCCAAGAUCACUGGUUCCAAGUUGGUGUCCAGCCACAGUCUGCAUGAAACCUCUUCUGUGAUGGUUGAUCCUGUGACUCGCGCCAUCAGCUGCUCUCAGCAGGGCGCUCCCGCCCAGUCAGACGCCAGCAAGGUCACAGCCAAGGGCCUGGGCUUGACCAAGGGCUUCAUCGGACAGAAGAACAGCUUCAGCGUCGACUGCAGCAAAGCAGGACGUAACAUGCUUCUGGUUGGCGUGGACGGUCCCAAGGUGCCCUGUGAGGAGAUCCUCGUGAAACACUUGGGCAACCGCAUAUACAACGUCAGCUACCAGCUCAAAGAGAAGGGAGAGUACAUCCUGGUGGUCAAGUGGGGGGACGAACACAUCCCUGGCAGCCCCUACCACAUCACUGUCUAAAAUCCAAUGCCGCGAAGCAGAACAAGAAACUUACUAUACCACUGUUAAACAGCUGAAAUUCUGUCUAGAAUCUUUUCAUUGUUUACAAAUCCAGUCCCUUUCAUGGUAAAAAUCAAACCAAUAAGAUCUCUGGCUUUUUACUCCUUAUUUUAUCGCCGUUUAACCCAAUAGAAAACAAACUCUGACGUCAGUGUUUACCUUCAGCCAGAUUUCCUAGUUUUGCAGAUCGGAAUUUUAAAUCCAACACCUUCACACUUCACUGUAAGCAGCCAGUCUUAUUUUAAAUCCAAAAUCUCCCAAAGAUGAAUGCAUAGACACUGAAUACUCCUCUCUUCCUCAGUCACUCCAUUUCUCUUUCCAUCCCUCCCCUCGUCACGUCCUCAAGCAGAUUUAGAGAGGGGAAACAUGCACCUUUUUAUUACUGUAAACUAGCAGUGAAUUGUGCCUUAGGCUUUUUACAUGUUCAAUCGUGGACACUAGUGGACAUUGGUGGCUGGUUGGCCUGUAGUUUUCGUCUGUAGAGUUAGAAUUUGUAGAGUUAGGAUAGCUUAGCAUAGAGUAGCAGCGCUGAUAUCGGCCCGGCCGAGCCUAGCAUGGGAUGGAGGGUUACACUCAAUGGCUACCCUUUAUAUAUAGUGGAUACAAGCAAUUUUACAAUCAUAGGACUUCAACCAAAGACCGUCAGAAAGAUGACGCGAUGUAUCCAAGACUCUUAUACCUCCCUUACUUAGUCCUUUGUGCGUGUACAAUGUGUAAAAGUACUUUUAUGCAUGCCUCACACGCAUAAUGAUACACUUUGAUAUUAGUCCUAUGUUUGAUCAGGCUUAUCUGCUAUUUAUAGAGGGGUAGUUUUUGCAGUGUUGAAACCCAGUAAAAGCUCAGUGCUGGCCCAGUGUGUGUUGUUCAUGAUGCUCUUUAACUAACCUAGUUGUUUUACCUGCUGCUAGUGUGAUCCAGUUUUAGGCACUGCUGUUCUUCAAACCGUAAUAUGGAUUAGCGUGAUGAUUGCAAAGGACUAGAGGUGUGGUAACGUGAAUCGAGAGGCUAGUGACAGGAGAAAAAUGUAGCACAGGCCGAGGACACUCCUGGUUUGUCUCACACACGCUCUCUCAGCGAUGCUUAGGCUGCCUGUGUGGUUUACGCGUGAUCCAAACAUGCACUGUGCAUGUUCAUUAGGUCCUAAAGCUCAUUCUUCAGAUACAGAAAGCCUCUGACUCAGAAUAACAUCGACUAAGCUGAAACUUAAGAUAUGUGUUGUUGUGGUGGUCCACUUUGAGUAUGGAGAUGUUGCAUAUAAAUUAACUGGUUCAAAAAGGGAACUUUGUAGAGUUGUGCUGGACAGAAGGGCUGAAGAUGAUAUUGUGAACUGUCAUGUCCUUAAACACAAUGACCAAAAAAAACAAAAAACAAAACAAAACAAUUGAGAACAAAUGUUGCUUUGUUUUUCUGCUAAAUGUCUGUAAUUUGCCCCUCCAUCCACCCACCCCUCCCUUCAUCCUUCCAGCUCUUUUGGCUUUGUGUGUACUCAGUAUUUCAGAGCGAAAAAUGAAUCUUGUCUUAAAUAAAUAAUAAUAAAAAGGCUUUAAAAGUGUUUGUAAGACUUACAGUAUUUUGAUACACAAUAAAGUUGUCUUAAGUAUUUUUCUGUCA